GCUGCUUCUUGUAGUCUUCUCUCUGCAUGCAAAGUCUGCGACAUUGAGUGCGGCAAACAUCAAGAGUUCAGCGAGCAGAGCUGUCGGUUCUAAGAUGCAAGUGAAGAAGGUCUCCCUCCAAGAGGGUCAAGCUGCUGAGGGGUCCGGCGAGGGUUCGGCUGCUCCUGCUCAAGAUGGAGCGGGCGAGGGUGACGGUCAGGGACAACCCUACUUUGGGCAGUUUGAGAUUCCAGCUGGAUUGGAGGAUGAGGAUGAGGGGGCGCCCUGUGCUCACAAGCUUCCCAACGGGCAGUGUGAACCUCGAGGGAGUCAAGACAUCGAGCUCAGCCCUCAGGCGGGCCUCAUUCUUGUCUUGUGUGCUUUCAUCCCAGCUGUUGCGUCGUUGAUCUACUGGAUCCGUGAGCCCUCAAACGGUUUGGAGGGCCUCCUCGAAAACUACAAGUUUCCCGAGGAGUUGUGAAGAGUGUCUGCAGUGCUCUCGUUCUUCUCUUCUUGUAACCUAUUCAAAUAGUCGAUCUUCUCAUUAUUAAAUUUGCUUAGAGUUUUGAUCCGGGCUGCUGGGAAUGAGCUCGACUAAGAUUUCGUGUUUGAAUUUUCCCCGUUCUGCAUCUUCAAACGACAUGCGCAUAGCAAACAACCCGGGAGGCUCUGGAGCGGUGGAACUACUUUCCGCCUUGGGCAUGGAGAACUGGCUGAGGUCAAUAGCAACGCGAGCAAUAUUCUUCAGCCUGCUCACGAUCUCUCCAACUUCCCCUCGCCCUUGCCCUUGUGUCCCCAAACUUGCAGCCUCCCAGCCCUCUUCCGGAUCAUACCUUGCUUCCAGCAGGAUCUCGACGCCCCCCCUACCUCCUGUCUGUCCUCCUUCCAUCGACUGUCCACCUUGCAAGUUGACAGGCGCGAGGCAGAUCUUGACGGGCGAGUCCGUGGGGUUACGGAGGACAAGCAGAGCACGGCUAGUAGAGGGAUGAACCUCCUCGACCUCAAGGCUGGGUAUGAGCAUCGAUGCAUUGUGAUUAACACGGAAUCUAGCAGAAGAAUUGCUCGAGUCGAACUUGCGAA